AUGAAUGCUUGGGACCCUUGCCGCCCUGAGAGAUGGGACGUCUCCAACACCUGGUGGAUCAAGGAAGACCAUCGGGAUGCUUGUUGGUUCCAGGAGGUGACCUCCCCGCCGGACUGCCCGGGAGACAGUCUGUACAUCCCUGAGGGCUUCAAGACGGACAAUACCCUUCCUGAAUGGGAAGACGAAGGGGCCGCCUGGAAAGAGUGGGAUCGAUGUGACGCCUGGUGGGGUGGCCUGGGCGGCUCGCCCAACGGCGAGCCGGUGGUGCUAGACGCUCCGCUGGACUGGCCGGAUUGCUGCGCGCUUUGCAGCGGCGGUGGUGACGACGAUGGUGCAAACACCGAGACCACUUGCGCGGCGUGGAGCUUUGACCCCUCAACCGGAUCGUGCCAACGAAUGUCGGCGGUGGAGUCUACGUCCCAAAACAACACGUGGGGGGCCUGGCAGUACAAAGGCACCGUCAAAGGGUACCCCGGGUACUUCGAAGCUCCGAUCAACGAUUGCUGGAGCCGGAUGAAAUACGACCUCUGUGUGAACCCGAGUAUGGGGCUUAUUGUGCCGGGCAUGUUCGUGGCGUUUUGGAGCAUCUUGUGCAUGUACUUCCCCGUUGGGUGUCAGAAACUCGCCCAGAAAAGCGGGAAAGGCGGCAUCAAGUACUUCUACACCUACAAGGGCACCUUCGCUGCCUGUGACGGCGCUCUCUUCGUUCUUCCGCCUCCGACCAGGCUGUCAAAUGCGCCCAGAUCCAGCCACAAGAUCGAGAAAAGAAUGCUCCGCGUUCUGUACAACACCAACCUCAACCCUAGGGCUGACCCGGGCGUCGCCAGCCGAGCGGGUGACUCGUGCGAUAAAAGAAAACGUCAAAUCUCAAACCCCAUUGUACCACACGACGCACGGGUGCUGUUGGUGGGAAUCCUUGGCGAGGACCGCAUCACGUGCAUCGAUCACGAGUUGUUGGGGUCUUCCUCAUGCUGUCGUAGCUGUGCGUCCUUCUGCCUCGUCCUGGCUGCCGUAAUGCUGGUCACUAUGUGUGUCGCUCUCCUGACCAACGAGGCCGCGCAGCACAUGGCGGAGUGGACGUUCGAGGGGGACUAUCGCAUCGGGGCGGUGGUCGGCCUAAUGUUACGCUCGUGCGUCCCGCUCUCCUUUGCGUGGAACUACCGCAACAGCAACAAGCUUUUUCGUUUGGUCAAAGAUUGCCCGGUGGCCGAAUCGGAUCGGGUCGUCCAUAGUCGUACUUAA